AUGCAGGCCGAAUACGGAGAAGAAGACUGCUGCGAGAACCAGCAUCAAUCGAGCAAAGGCACAUUGAUUGCAACUCCUGUCGCGGUUACAAGACCUAUCUACAAGACGUAUGCUUUUGGACAAUGCCAUACCAGCGAUAUAAAGAGCGCAGACCAAAUGGUCAAAAUCAUUAAACUCCAGGAAGACAACGCCGGUCCAUAUUUGCCUGUCGACGAUGUUGACGUUGUGUCCCCAGAGCAUUCGAAUGAUUUCAGCAUCGAAGUCGUGUGCCAGCCUGCCAAAUCACCCGAUUGCAAUGUGCUAGACCUGGAUUUCUUGCCCAAACUGGAGCGUGUUGGCCGCUUGCCCGAAAACCCCGAGAGUGACCCUGCUAUCGUUGUCGUUGUCCAUGCCUUUCUAGAAGAACACGAAGACGACCUUGCAGUUGUUCAAAGUGAAAUGACACGUGAAGAAGAUGAAGUCGCGCUAUGCUAUGAAAUGGAAGAGAUGCACAUUGGGUCGGAAGAUCAUUCCUGA